AAUCCAAGCCAAAUAUCAGCCGUAGCCGCAUGCACGUUAGAAAGCGUCGUACUACACGUGUGUUGGCGGCGCAGACCAGUUAUGGCUCCAACGAAAAAGCAUAAAAUGCGAAAGAAACAGCUCAGCGAGGUGAGCGUCGAAGAGUUCAUGGCAGGAGGCUUUUUCUCGGACUCAGAAGAUGACCGAGCCGCGACAGCAGGUGAACCUAACGGCAGGCCUGCUAGUACUGACCGGCUGUCAGCAGCGAAACAGAAAAGCCCGCUCAAACGGAAAAAACAGCGCUCUAUGGCUUACGAUGCAAACCUCGAAGCGAGUAGUGAGGACGAUGACAAGCCCGUGCUGAAGAAGCCGCAGAAGCUGAAGGCGAAGGUAGCCAAAACAUCAACGAAGGUGGCCAAAAAAGACGAACCAUCGGGCCAGAAGCAUGACACUUUUGCAGCAUCCGAAGAAACGGAUAGUUAUUCUGACGCUGACAACAACGAGAGCAGCGAAGACGAGUCCGACGUGGACAUUGAGAAGCAGAAAGAAAUAGUCCGCAAGCUCAAGGAUACCGACCCCGACUUCUACCAGUAUCUGGAAGAACACGACAAGGACCUCCUCGACUUCUACACCGCCGAGGGGGACGAAGGCGAAGCGGAGGAAGAGCCCGACGAAGUGCCGAAAAAGAAGCAACUGCUCAAACUCGAGGAGAUUGAUCGGUUCGAGAGAGACUUGCAGACAAAACCCGAGCUGCGCAAGAUCGCGGAAGUGGUCAACUGCUUCAAGGCAGCCGUCUUGCAAGCAGAGGGACACGACGUCGGCGCCGACUCCAAGAAGCAGACGAGUACUUUCAAAGUCGAAGGGCAGGUCAUAUUCAACGCCGUCGUCAAGCUUUGCCUCAGUGAUCUGGUUCCUGCUCUGCACAAAGUACUGCGCCUACCAGAGCCUGCAGUGGUUCAGGACGAGUCGAACUCGUUUGACCCGACCAAAAGUCACAGCUGGAAGAAGGCUUCAGUUGUCGUAAAAACAUACCUCAUGAACGUUGUCAAGCUCAUCACUGCGGUGACCGAGCCACAGCUUGUAUCGGUGCUCCUAAGACACAUCUUGUUUUUAGUUCCGUACUACGUCGCCUUCCCACAAGUCGCCAAGGCACUUCUAAAGCGUCUUGUGCAACUUUGGUGCGAGGCGGAAGAAAGUGUUCGCGUUGUCGCUUUUGUCUGCCUUGUCCGCACGAUCCGCGGCCUUCCGCGCAACUACCAUGACACUGUACUGAAGCACAUGUACAUGUCUUACGUGCGGAACUGCAAGUUCACCUCACCAACAACGUGGCCACUCAUCAACUUCAUGAAGCGUUCGCUUGUUGAGGCUUACUCUGGAGAUGAAGCCCUGGCCUAUCAGCAUGCGUUUCUCUACAUCAGGCAGCUUGCCAUUCACCUCAGAAACGCUAUGACAGUUCGGAAAAAGGACACCUGCAAGGCCGUCUACAACUGGCAGUACAUCCACUGCUGCCUCCUCUGGUGCCACCUGCUGGCAACAGUGUCACCUAGCAAAACUCUUCAGCCUCUCAUCUACCCACUGGUUCAAACCAUGAUCGGCACUAUUCAGCUGAUUCCAGCAGCGAAGUACGUCCCAUUGAGGUUCCACUUGGUUCGUGGCCUCAUGCAGCUCUCGUCCAGCACGGGCGUGUUCAUCCCAGUCAUGCCGCACCUUCUGGAAGCGUGCACAGUUGUCAACUUUGGUCAGAAGCACUCUGCAACAUCAAUGCGGCCUCUGGAGUUGAGCUGCAUGUUACGCAUCUCGCCGGCACAAAUGAAAGAAAGUGGCUUCCGCGACGCCAUCAUCGAGACAUUUUAUGAGCUUGUCCUGGAGUACCUGUCCAGUGUGUCUCAUUCAGUGGCCUUUCCAGAGCUGGUUCUCCCAGCCUUGAUCUACCUGAAGGAGUUUUGCAAGAAAUGCAAGGUUGCAAACUACACAAAGAAAGUGAAACAGCUCAUAGAGAAGAUGGAAGAGAACUACAAAUUCAUUGAGAACCGCAGGACGAGCUGUAACGUUGCGCUUGGUGAUGUGCAAGGGCUUGACAACCUCGAGCAGAGAUGGAAGCAGGAAGGGACACCCUGGAGCAGGUUCUACGAGCAGUGGAGCAAGCUGCGAAGCCAGAGGCAGGAGACCGCCGUCCACGGGAAAGUGCUGACAAAGCUGCCAGAAUCUGAGUCAGACUCCGACGAUGGCAGGCCAAGACGGAAGAAGAAGGCAGCAAAGAAAAAAGAAGACCUCAAGAAGAAAGACAGACUGACAAGCACAGACAAGGAGCAAAAGAAGAAAAGUGCUGUGACAAGCGAAUAUUCUGAAAUAGCUGUUGAUGGUGACACUGACAUUGUGCAGGACAUGGCCCUGUCCUCAACAUCUGAAGAGGAAGAAGUAAGCAGCGACGAUGAUGAUUUCGACGAAAGUGAUUAAUUCAGCAUUGUCACCAUAGUAAACACCUUUUUAAAGAGA